GAAGAUAUUUGAAAAAUGUGGCCGAAACUAAUAGGUAAAAUAAUCGGCCGCAAGCGGGAGCUUCAUCCGCUUCUACUAAGGGCCGGCACUGCUUUCACCAUUUACUUGCACAACAAGAAUGCAGUUACUCACUUGAACAUUAAUUGUCAACAGAUGAAUAUGAUCUUCUAUGAGGUUUUGAGGCUAUACCCUCCGGUGGCUGAGCUUAGAAGAACUGUAAACAAAGAAAUGAAGCUAGGAUACAUUACACUUCCAGCUGGUGUUAGAGUUUAUAUACCAACUGCUCUUGUUCACCGUGACCCUGCGCUUUGGGGGGAAGAUGCAGGGGAGUUUAAGCCGGAGCGUUUCAAAGACGGUAUCUCAAAAGCAACAAAGAACCACGUCUGUUACUUACCCUUUGGAUGGGGACUGAGGAUCUGCAUUGGUCAGAGCUUUUCUCUGUUGGAGGCAAAGAUGGCAAUGGCAUUGAUUCUACAGAGAUUCUCCUUUGAGCUCUCUCCUUCUUAUGUUCACUCGCCUCAAAUAGUCAUGACCACUCGUCCUCAGUUCGGAGCACAUCUCAUCCUCCACAAGCUAUGAUAUGCUUUUUUUGUAUUUCCAUGGUGGUGUCAUCAAGAAUAAAGUGUGCUUAUGUAUUAUUUACUUGUUGUAAAAUAAGAGUAAGGAAACGUUAAUUGAAGAUUUGUAAUUUUUUUUUGCUCAAGCUAUCAGUUUAUGUUACCUACCA